ACUGCAAAUAAGAAGGCUGCACAAUAAUUUAACUUAUUGAAGACAAAAUACGGUGGAGCGAAUAUCCUGCCCAGUGCCUCUCUCUCUCUCUUUCUCUCUCUUUUCGUCUCUUCCAACGAUUCAAGCCUAGUUUUCUGCAAAUUUCCGGAUAGCUAGCGAGGAGAAUAUCGUCAAGAAAGUAAACGAUUUUUCAGUUCCAGGCUGUUAUUGGAGAAAAUAUUGAAGAAAAUUUUUGAAUUUUAGAAGAACGGAGGAGAAAAUGUGGGGAUUUGGGGGUAGGUAUUACUGGGGAAGAAAGGAGGUCGGAGAGAAAGUUGAAGGGAUAGUGGUAUUAUUCGCAUGGAUGUCGAGCCAAGAAAGGCACCUGAACAGUUAUGUGCAGCUCUACUCGUCUCUGGGAUGGAAUUCACUCGUCUGCCACUCCCAAUUUCUCAAUAUGUUCUUCCCAGAGAAGGCUACAAAUUUGGCAAUUGGCAUCCUAAAUGAACUUGUGGAGGCGCUAAAAGUUAAGCCAUGCCCAGUAGUCUUGGCAUCUUUUUCUGGCGGUCCAAAGGCUUGUAUGUACAGGCUUCUUCAGAUAAUUGAUGGGAACUGCGAAGCACUACCAUAUCUGGGUGAUUACCAACUGGUUAGAGAUUGUAUUUCUGGCUAUAUCUAUGAUUCCAGUCCAGUGGAUUUUACCAGUGAUUUGGGUACAAAAUUUGUUCUUCACCCAACUGUCCUAAAAAUUUCCCAGCCACCAAGAAUAGUAUCAUGGAUAGCCCAUGGCAUUGCUUCUAGCCUUGAUGCCCUCUUCCUUAGUAAGUUUGAACAACAGCGUGCAGAUUAUUGGCAGACUCUAUACUCCUCUGUGAGAAUGAAGGCCCCAUAUCUCAUUUUGUGCUCAGAAGAUGAUGACCUUGCUCCUUACCAGAUUAUUUGCAAUUUUGCUCAACGGCUACAAGAACUUGGGGCUGAUAUUAAAUUAGUAAAGUGGAAUGGCUCUCCUCACGUAGGCCACUACAGGCAUUAUCCUAUCGACUACAGGGCUGCUGUGACAGAGCUCCUUGGUAAAGCAUCUGUAGUUCAUUAUCGGAGACUUAAAAGAGUUGACGGAGAAAGACUGGGUGCAGAAGCAAGGGAUGAUGAGAUAAUUGAGCCUCUGCGUAAUCUCAGGAAAGCAGCAGCCAGUUCAAAUGGAUAUAAGGGAACUUCUCUAGUACUUGGAAAUCAAUCCUCGUUGCCCAGUUCAAUGGAGUACUAUGAAGGUAGGGAUGUUGGGACGCUGCAAAAUGAACGCAGAGAAGGUGUGAUCCACUUUCCUAACCCACCAAGCAUCAAUGCUCAUGGGGUUCUUGGUCAAAUCUUAUUCGAUGUCUGUGUACCCAAGAACGUUGAAGGCUGGGAUAUCGGCUUAUCAGGUUCCUUAAAAGGUCGCCCGUUUACUUCUACAAGGAGGCACACGCCCUUUAAUCCGAUAAAAUGUAUACGUCGAUCUAGAUUAUAAACACAAUACCACUGACAAAAUAUAGGUGGAGAUAUUGAUGAAGUUGUGGGGUCUAAUAUUUUGGUUCGAAGUACUAGGGGUUUGAACUUUUGUGGGGCGGAGACAAUGAGACAUAACGAGGAAUGGAUAAGGGGAAUGAAAUUUGUAGUUGGCUGGUGUAGCCAUCAGUAUGGAUAUGGAAUGGGCUUGAGCUAUUUGACCUCUCAAUCUACGACUUCAGAAAAUGUAUAGCGAGCCAACUGAAGGAGCUUAAGUUUUGCGGGGAACGUCGUAAUGAAAAAAUAAGAGGAUCCUGUAAAUGCAGUAUCCUUAACUCCUUAAUUGUAAAAUUCUCAUUUUGUGAUGACUAUUUAUAUAUAUAUAUAUAUAUAUAUAUAGAAUAUUAAGGCUUA